GUACAUUUUUACGGCUCAUUCUUCGGGGAGUAUAAAACUGAUAACUCGUGACUUCACUUCUGAAAUAUUACAAAUUCAUGUUCAGGGAUCACUGUGCUCAGCGAAAUUGGCAGCAGGUCAGAUUGCUAUAGGAGGUAAAGAAUCCCCUUUGCGUGUAUGGGACAUCAAUAAUCCAAAGGAAGCAGUUUUCACAUCCAAAAACGUCCGCCCAACAGUUCUAGAACUCCCAGUUUCAGUGUGGAUUUCAGACAUCAGCUUUGUCCCAAGAACAAAUGAAAAGCUUGUGUUAACGGCGUCAAGACAUGGUGAGUUGGAUCUUUAUGAUUUGCGAUGUGGCCAACGACGACCAGUUGCCCGUCAUGCUUGGCGUACAAGUCGCAAACACGGUAAACUGCAUGUUGGUACUGGAAGGCACAGUGCAGCGCUUGCAGAUUUGACUACCACCCGACCAAUAACAAAGGCACUAGCGUAUGAUAAUUCACCUGGCGUAGGCUUACGUGUUGUUGCUGGAAACGCAGUUGGUGAACUCUGUGUUCUAGACCUAAGGCUUCCUUCAGAGUAUUCUAAUUUAACUCUCUCUGAUUGUUCCAGUGCAAUACCCAUCAAAAGUUGUGGGUCACGAGCGCCUGAGCCUCCUUCUGGUGUUCGCUGUUUGGCGGGAGCUUCUGGCUGCAUAACUCAGUUAGUCUGUGGUGGGGCUGAUGAGGGUAAUACUUCACUGUCAUCUAUGGAAGCAGUUGUAAACAACGAACCGAUCAUAAUAGCAUCUUCGUUAGAUCGAUAUAUUCGGGUAUACAAUCGCGAUACAGGGAAACGUCUUGCAAAGAUUUAUGUCAAAUUUCCCGUAACAUCAUUCCUGAUAAAUAGUACCACAACCUUUACGAAUAUUGAGAAAUUUUUAAAGAAAGAUGAUGAUGGUUAUGCUUCAAAUGAAACGGAUGUUGAAAAGUCACAGGGCAUAUCUGAAAUAGAGCAAAAAGAAUUUGAAGAAUUAUGGAAUCAAAUACCAGUUGCUGGAAAUGAUGAUGGUGAUGCUAAAAAACAGAGUGACGGGACUAUGAAUCAUAAACUUUGUAAACGAAAACGUAAAAAGUAG